AUGACGUCGAGCCUUUCUAAAAUUCUCCAAUCGACAACUUCCUCCACUAACGAGACCUCCAAACCAACUUCGACAGCGCCGAAAGAGGCCUCUUAUCCGCAUCCUACUAUUUCCAAGGGUAGUUGUCGAUCUGGGAAGUCUGAAUCAUUUCCUCUCACCAGACGAUGCCUGUGUCUCAUCAUUGUCUCUGGACUACCUACCUCAGGCAAGUCGACACGAUCACAACAACUCUACAAUUACCUCUCCAAUCGUAUCGCCGAUUCGAAAUAUCGCCUACACCUCAUCUCUGAUGAGUCCCUCUCCAUCUCCCGUUCCGUUUACGAUCUUUCAAGUCUCCCAGCACAUACCAGGUCUGCCAACGCCUCAGAGAAGGAUGCUCGCGCUACAAUCUAUGGCGCCGUGAAGCGCGUACUUAGCGACAAGGAUAUCGUGAUUCUUGAUGGCUUAAAUUACAUCAAGGGUUGGCGAUACCAACUACACUGCGAAUCUAAGGCUGUGCGCACACCGAGCUGUAUACUGCAGAUUGGAUGUUCAGUGGAUAAGGCACGGGAGGUUAACGAGGCCAGACUAGAGAAGAGAGAGGCUGGGGCAUCCAGGGCUGUGAAUAAAGAAGAAGAAGCAACGUCUUCAGCUACAACUUCCGGUGAUAUGAUCGUGGACUCUGCAGAGCCGUACGAGCCCGGCAACUGGGACAACUUAGUCUUUCGAUACGAAGAACCCAAUCCGAUGACCAGGUGGGACAGUCCUCUCUUCACACUUAUCUGGGAGGACGAUGAUGCCCAAACCAACAAGGUCUUCUCCGACCUCUGGGACGCAAUCGCCGGUGAAGCCCGCAAGGUUGUGCGUCCGAAUCAAGCAACGAUACAGCGCGGCCGCGAGGAGAGUGGCGACUACUUGUAUCUCCUGGAUCGCGAGACGUCGGAUGUUGUGAAGCGCAUAGUCGAAGCACAGCGAGAGGGUGACGAUGUUGACGAGGUACGGAUACCGUCUGGCUCUGUAGAACUGACGAUACAUUUGCCCACGGGGAAAAAGGUUGGCCUCCCGCAAUUACAAAGACUAAGGCGGGCGUUCAUGGGGCUGAAUAGAGGUGGUAUUGGAUUGGAGGCUGUGGGCGAUAUGAAGUCUUCACGGCUGAGAGACACCUUUGUGACGUAUCUCAAUGAUGCGUUUGAGAAGGAUGAGUAG